ACCAAACUGCUUUGAAGGUAUGACAUCGGGUAAUCCAGAGAAAACGGUGGAUAUGGCGAAGCUCAGUCCCGAGGAGCAAAAGUUGUUCCGUCUCUAUGGAAGACUUCCUCAGCGUAAAGAUCUUUUAGUUCAGAAAUUGCAGCAAGGAAGAAAGUACUUCGAUUCUGGUGACUAUGCAUUGAAUAAAGCUGGUAAGGCGUCUGAUGCCGGCAUAACCUGCAUAGGGAAAGAAAUUCCAUCCCCGGAGACAAUUCCUCACAGGGUCGCAGUUUCUGGCUCUCCCUCAAAAGAACCAUCGAUUCACAUGAAGCGCCCAACGGAUUCAGCACCUAGUGAAGUCAGUAGUCGCAGAGAAUCCAUUGUCCAGCAUUUCGAUAACAUUGAUGAUGAAAAAUUAAAUAAUGAUAAGAAGCAAGAUGAGUAAGAACGCUGAUGCUACGUUACGUAUAAGCAGCUUGCGCGUGCUGCUCAUAAUGAAUCUUCGCGAUUAUUAAUUAUAAAGGCUGAAAGACUCACCUGCAGGUGUCGCUUUUUGAAAAUCACUUUGUUGUUCGAAACUAUAUAAUAGUUUUGGCUCAUCUGACAAUGUACACCGGCCUUGCUUAUCCAUCACUAGAUGGUAUAUACGAUAUUUUCUCCUUUUACUACUUACUUCGCUACUCUUUUUUUUUUUUUUUGCGUAAAAAAUGCUUUUACCUGUUCCAUUGAAUUUUUUUCUUUGAAUUAUAUAUUUUUAGUUUAAUUGGUUAUGUGAAUGCUUUUGAACUUUUGGAAUGGACAGUGAGUUAAAGACGAGCAGUUUGUAGAUAUAGUGACCGUAUUACUAUAUCUUGCUAUGAGACUUUACUCUUAUGUUACACAAUAGAAUUUGUGUUUAUGCAACGUAAAAUACUAUCACCUCAGGUAUUGUUGAAAUGUUCAUAGAAUUAGAAUAAAUACAAUAUAGCUGAUAAUGCUACCAAUUCAGAAACCGUACUUGGGUCAUAGGUCGUGUCAACUGUUCAUAGUCACAUUAAAUAUAUAUAUACAUGUG